UGGGGAAGGGAGAGAUGGAGGAAGGAGGGACGGAGGGAAGAUAAGGGAGAGGAGGGCAGGGAGGGGAGUGCCAGGGAGAGGAGUGCCAGGGAGAGUACCAAGAGGGCCAGGGAGAGGGUCGCGUGUGUGUGUGUGUGUGUGUGUGUGUCUGGCUUCCACCCACCACGACGCCUCGCCUCUAGCAACCUUAACAAUGCCCGUCUGUCUCUCCCUCUUAGCAGGCCCAACGUCUCUCUCUCUCUCUCUCUCUCUCUCGUUUCUUUUUCUGUUUAUUUUCGUCCUUUUCAUCUUUCUUCGAUUGCUCUUUCAGUUCUAAUUUAUGUUUUAUUCUUUUAUCUUUUUGUCUGCUCGUUUGUUGAAGCGCUAUUUCGACUACAAUUUAUCUUCUAUUGCUAUUGUUUGUUUGUAUGUUUGUCUUCAUAUGCACCCACCUCCCCCUCAUGCAUGCUUUUAUAUAUACCUACAUCCUGCAUGCAUUAUCAUAUUUCUCUCUUCACGUUCCCUAUCUGUCUUGUUCUCUAUAUCUAUCUAUUCAUCUGUCUAUCUACCUAUCUAUCCAUCCAUCAAUCAGUCUGUCUAUCUUUCUAUCUAUCUAUAUCUGUCUAUCUCUGGGUGGCACAUAUAUUAAGUCAUAACGCCUCCAAAACCUCGAAAUAUUGCGUCGUUGAGGAAGUAGCGUUGACCUUGAGGCUGGCGCAGGAAACCCAAGUCUGUAUAAUGCAAAAACUCAAAACUGGGGAGCCGCCGAGACAAUUCUGUGUGUGACCCAACCCGUGACGAACACAUCCACUGGCAAGGGGACAGCGCGGUGGGCAAGACAGCACUGGUGCAGUCUUUCAUGUCAGACAACAAUCAGUUUUCUAAAAAUUAUAAUAUGACUAUGGGGCUGGACAUUGUCACCAAGCUGAUUCGUGUGCCCGACACCCAGGCCAGUGUGGAGCUGUACCUCUUUGAUUGCUCUGGAAAAGAGUUCUACAGAAGCCUUGUCAGAAAAAUGAGUAGCCAGCCAUCUCUCCUGCUGCUGGUUUAUGACGUCACGUCUGAGAGCUCCUUCAACUUGCUGAAUGACUUUUAUGAGUUGGCAAAGGCUGAGUCCCAGGGAGAGACUGUGAAAGGUGUGCUCUUUGCCAACAAGACGGACCUCCCGGCUCGGAGGGUCGUCAGUCCCAAAAUGGGUCGAGACGUGGCCCAGAGACUUGGCCUUCUCUACUUCGAGGGAUCAGCUAAGGAGCAGGAGGGAAUUGAAGAGCCAUUUUUCUUUCUGGUCAAUGAGUGGUUCAAGACCUACACAGACAAGACACAGGCCCUCAAGGUGGUGACAUGAAGACCCACCAGGAAGUGAGGGGACAACCAGUGCACAACAGCAACCCAAGGCAGCCACCCAGAGUGCCUUAAGCCUUCCGUCCAGUCACCCACAACCUUGGCUGCAUCUCAAGCCAGUUUCACCCUCCACUACACCAUCACUAAAAAUAUAAUAAAUGGAUGUCUAGCCUGUUUUCUGUAAACGUUUAAGUUUGGAAUGCAUGGCCUUGAUAUGAAAAGGUUCACCAACAAAAGGUGAGCCAUGACAGUGAAAGGGUAACUAUAUUUUCUGUUGUAAAUGGAAGUUUCCAAAAUGCUGACCACUGUAAAGUCCUUUUUAAAAGUUCCUCAAACUAUUUGAAACUACCCAAAGAACACUGACAUAUCCAGUACUUGCAGAUUGUACAAGGUAAUUACUGACUUUAACUUUCUUUGGUAGAAGCAGCAGAUCUUCAUUAUGUUACUGGGCUCUUCUGUGUUGAGUGUACAAACAGCAGUGCACAUGUCACAGGCUUUGAGGCUGUGGUCUAUUAUAUAACCUUUUUCACUCUGGUAAUCAUCAUGAAUAAUAACACAGAAUAAAAUGUAAAUAUCUCUAAACAAUUCAAAGUAUCUCGUAAUGUUCCCACCAGUAAUUAUUAUUCUACUGGCCUUUCACUGUUUCCCAUUACUUUUUUUUUAUCAAAAGAUCAUAAUAUGCCACUCUAUAACAUUUCCUAUGUAACAACUUGUCUAGGAGUAUAUGCAUAGGAGUGUAAAUGAAUAGGAGAAGUGUAAAUGAAUAGAAGAACCACAAUGAAAGCUACUACUUUUGAGCAUAAGUAACCAUGCAAGUGAAUGGUCAAAAGCUUGCUGGUUUCCAGCAUGUCCUUCAAGUAAUCACUAAGCUUACUUUGGUAUGGGUAUAAAUGACAUGAAAUGGAGUUGUAACAUGAUAAUGUGGUAGGUAGUUGCAAGGCAGUGAGGUUUUCACCCAUUGUAUAUUCCUGAAUGUUAUCUGGAUAUAACCAUGUCACAUUAAAUAUUAAUUUAUUCACAGUAUGAUGAAGUAAAUGUUUUACAAAGCAGUAAGGUCUUACAUUGUAUAUUCCUUUUUUCUCUCUUUUCAGCCACGUUGUACAUAUCCUGAGAAAGCAACUUUUUCCCUAACCUGUUAUAAUGCUCCACCAAAUGAAGUUAAAAAAUUCUUCAGAACUUAGAUUGCAGAAACAUUUCAGUAGUGUGGAUGUAUUGGUUUUGAACCACACCAAGAUGGUAGUUUAAAUAGGAGUUACUUGGAUUUAUAAUGUAUUCAAUGUUCUGCAAUGUGUUUGACAUGGAGAUCAGCAUUGUUCUUGUUAGAGUCUGUUGGUUGAUGUUCUGAGUGACAUGUCCUGUAAUCAUGUCAGUAAUGAAAGGAAAAGAUGAUCAGGAGCAAUUAGAAACCUCUAUAUCUUCAUAGUUUACUUGGUACCAAAGUUUCUCUUUCUAUUCAUGUCUUGUAAAUGUAUAAAAAUUGGUCCCAUAUGGACUUGACAAAGUGACAUCAAUGAGGCUGAUUAUAAUAUCAGUACAAGAAAUUCCCCCUUAUUGUGAAAGUUGUCCCUUAUGACAGCCUCAUCAUUAUUUUUUUUAAACAAGAGGGCCAACCAAUUUCAAAAUCCUGUAUAAUGUGGACAAUGUCUACCAAUAAGUAUAGUGAAUGUUGUCAUUUUUGAGUCUGGAACCAGAAAAAAUGCCGCUGUUGGUUCUGCAUGUAUUUGAUGGUGCAUGCUGUUUUUACUGAAGCAUCCCUUCAAAAAUGCUACUUGUUCCCUCUAUA